CGGUGGUUACACAUAUAACCACUGCGUUCCCACUCAGAAUUAUAAAUCAUGCAUAUUAACCUUGUAAACGUUGAAAAUAUAUAAUAGUUAUAAUAAUUUUGGUAGCUCACAAAAAUUGUCCUUGCGAAGUACGUCAUUUCCGCUAACCCAGGCACCUAUGUUUUUUCAGAAUGGUUACUAUGGCAACCGAGACGCAGCGCCUGAAUCUGUUCAAUGGUACGUUUGAAAUGUAAUGGUUCAGUAAUUAACAAAACAGAUUGUAUAAAUACAUUAAUACAUCUAAACAACAAGAAUAAUAACAAUACGAGUUUCCGCGCAUCGAUUAGAAUAGGUUAUCGUGUAUAAAAUAAACAAUAAAAAUAAACAAAACAUGAAGAAACGGAUGGAAAAGGUGAACAAGGAGAAAGGAACUUCCGGUUUGGAGGAAGAGACUUCACAAAUUGCAGGACUGAAUAAACAAAACACCUCCCGUGUCCAAAACAUAGAUGACUACCAGUGCACAGGCGAUCUGCGAGUGGAUAUCCCUGAGCUGUGUGCUUCAGUUGGCCUGAAGGAAAUCCCUGAUGUGAGACUGAUUACAACAGAAUCACCUUCUACAGAAAGAGCACCGGACGGCAGCCAUGAACAGGCAUUUUCGGAAAGCUGUAUGGUAACUUGGUCACCUAAACCCUGCCUUCACAUAGAAAUGGAGAAUGAGGAGCCUCGAAGCGUAAAAAGAGUCCGAAUAUCUGGAUGGAAGGUGGAUGAGAAGAUGGCACAAAUCCUGAGUAAAGCCUUACCAUCCCUCAGCAAUCUACAGAGUCUAGAGAUGUGGCAGACUGGAUUGACUGACCCCAUUCUGACUUCUAUGAAGAACACAGUUUUUAUGUGCUCAAAGCUCAGGACAGUUUUUUUGGAAGGAACCCCUAUUCCAGAAAACAGUUACCAUAUUCUCAUGGCGGAAGACAGUCUGAUAGCACACCUAUCAUUGCGAAACAAUCACAUAGGAGAAGACGGAGCACGUCUGAUAAGCUUAGCUCUCUGCAAGAGCCUCCUGUCACUCAACUUGGCCUUCAACGCCGUCGGCAACGUUGGCGCUACUUAUCUCGCACAGGGAUUGCGUCUCAAUCGAACUUUGCUGUAUCUUUCCCUGGCUAACAAUCACAUCGGUGACGCAGGAGCAGCCCAGUUGGCUCAGGUGUUUGGCCCCUUUGCUCUGACACAUGAAGAAAUAGUCGAGAGGAGGAGGGAGUUGAAAAAGAAAGAACAACUGGACGACACCAAAAAAGAUGAGAAGCCACUAACAAAUCAGACCAUGACAAUGACAGGAAGAAAAGAGGACACCAAAGGGGAAAAGAAAAAAACUUCAGAUACCAAGCUGUUGCAAGGUAAAGGUGCAAAAUCAGAUGGAAAGGACAAGCAACCUUCAGUGAAAGAACAAGAGACAGAUGAAGUGGUUGAGACGCAAAGCCCUUUGCUGGAUCCUGAAAUACAGACCAUUGCAGGGAAAGUGAUUUAUCCAGGCAACACAACACUUCUCUCUCUGAACUUGUCCGGCAAUGAACUGACACAGCAGUCACUUCAGAUGUUCCUGCAAUCUGUGGCAUGUAAGGGAAGAGGCCUCCAGCAUAUUUCUCUUAAUAGGAACAGCUUCCCUCCAGAUUGUGAGACCUUUGUGAAACUUCAGGAACUGAUGUCACUUAAGGAUCCACUAAAAAGAACCACUUCAGCUCAGGUGGAUGCUGAGCAAGGACAAGCAGCAUAACCUUGUAUUUUUCACCUCAGAAUUCACUUUUCCUCAGAAUUAUCUUUAGGGGCCAGUUGUUCAAAAAGUUUAAUCUGGAUUAAAAUGAUCCGGAUUUGGAAAUCCUAUUUUUUUUCUAUUCAGGAUCAGGUAAUCCGUCUUACUUUUAUGCCGUUUUUUUUAAAGCAACAUUGGACUGGAUCACCCUGAUCCAGAUACACAGUUUUCAAGAUUACCAAAUCCGGAUGACUUGGGCUCUAAAUGGGACAACAUAUCACAACUUGGGCUACCAGCUAUGUAAAGAACAGGUAGAAGAGCCAACAUGGGGUCACUGUAAGAGUUUUUUUUUUUCAUAAUUUAUUUUAUGACCCCUCAUCUGAGUCACAAAAAAUAAAAAAAACAAAUAUACAUUAACAAAUACAUUGUGGAUAUUUUGAAAACGUCUUAAAAAAAAUAAAAUGGCUAAAUGUCCAAUAGUUAACAAAAUAAAGAAUGUUCAGGGUUCUUUUUCAUCUGAGGAGGAGAGACCAGCAUUUUCAAGCUCUGCUUUUAGGAGGUGGAUAUGAAGUUUUGCUUUGGUUUGCUGCAGUUUGAUCGGCUUGAUUUGUUCCUCUGCCAGGAGUAUCUGUGCUUCUGCUCUUUCAGUCUCUCGUUUUAGAAGUAGUUCAUGAGCCUGUUGAAGAACCAGACCAACCUCUGGCAUACUGUCAGAAUGAGGGACUGACUGGACAUGUAAUAAGGGAUGCAAUUGUUAGACAUUAUGUCUACCUAUGUCUAAUAUAUCUACUUUAUCACUGUUACAACGGUUACACAAGUCAAGUGCAAAAUAUAAAUAAAAGUAUAUACACUAAAUGAUACAAAUGUAUUAUUUGACCAAGUUUUACUACAUUUUCCUCCUGGAAUCCACCUUGAAAUCCUACCCCCUGUUGGGAUCAAGAUAAUCCUGAUUUUUUGGAUUAAAGUUAUCCAAAUCCUACUGACAAGUUUUGAAUAACACAAACUGAAGGUUUGAUCCAGAUUAAAACUAGGAUUGGAUUCCGUGAUCUAAUCUGAUUUUAGAUUCCUUCUUUCCCUUUUGAACAACCCAUUUUCAAGAUUUGAUCCAAUAUGACCAAAAUCCGAUCAGCUUACCUUUGAACACCUGGCUUUAGAGAAUAGUAAGAUCACACGUUUUAUAGAUGCCUAAUAAUAUGGAAUAAAUCACACUGGUACAUGAUGUUAUAAAAGAAUAAUCAAUAACAUGGUAGUGUGAAGCUAUCAAAUUUUGACAUUUGUAUUAAAAUCAGAGGCAUUUUCAUAACCAUAGUAAACUUCUUGACAUGUGUACUACUGAUUGCAUCUCAAUAUUUGUCUUGUGUAUCAGUGCACCUGCUAAAAAUACAGUAAUUGUUCUGUUCAUUUUAUAUUCUAAUCCCAACUGAGCUUAUUGUUGAAAGACCCGACACAG